AUGAGCCGAGUCGUUACUAUGCGCAUUAAAUUUCCAAUCUCAUUUCCAAUCAUAUACAAGACUCUUCGUGUCGACGGCGACAUGUCCGUAAAAGAUUCCGUUCAAUUCAUAGCAGGUCAACUCCACAUGUUACCCGAAGACGGAAUUGGACUUUACCUCCCAACUGCUAAAAAGUGGCUUGACGACGAAUCCCUACUCGAAACAUAUCAAGACGAUAUUGGCGAGGAAGAGAAUGUCGAAUAUAAAUUCAAGGACGGAAGGGUUGACACACCAACCGAUGAACAAAUCUUCCAACCCAACACGCAAGACGGUUGCGUCUUUCUGUAA